ACUGCCAUCUUAAACUAUGUGCUACGAGAAAGUGGCAUGAGUACAGCAAUCAACACUUGUCAUAAAAUGGCACCAUUUCCGCAACCUAAGUAUCCUGUGUGUUCAUACACAUGUCGGGUGCUUUGUUUUCGACGAACAGCUUUAUCUGGAACGAUAAUUUUAUUGGACAUUAAAAACAUUUACGUGCCACGACAUCAACGCCAGUCAUAUGAUAUUAAAAAGCCAUGCCAAAAAAUAUGACAUAAGGCAUAAAACAAAGGCACGGAGCGGGACGGCAAAUUCUCUGGUGCGUGUGUCGGUAAUGACGGGAAGGAAGGCGGCGAGAAAAAGUUGGUCAAUGGAGGACAAGUAUCGCAUAUCAGGCCCAUCAGUCAUAAACUACCCGAGGAAACGGAAGAGCCACUCGCCCCUGACUGUGCUCUGUGCCAAACAUGACGUAAAACACAGCGCCGAAAGGACGCUAAGUAAUAACUCAGCCAAGGGCGUGCCACAUGCAAGGACCGCUGGCAGGACAUGUGGGGACUUCUUGACUUGGCCAAUUGCUGCACGAGGACCCCAAAGAUGAGAAAGCCGCUGUGCUGCCUUCGUGUGCCGCACAUCAUGAGGGGCUACGUGACAUUGUGGCGAGUUCUCCGCUGAAGACACAGAGGUUGACCCAAGUAGUUAGCCCCCACAAAA